AUGGACGCAGAAUUUCUCUGCGGACCGUUUGGCUCUAGUACAGUGAUGGAUAGUUCAAGCAAUUCUGAGGAUGAGGGAGGUUUAUUCACAUCGUCAGAGAUCUUAAAAGAAAUGGGAUUUAGUACACCCACAAUUGAAAGAGCUACUAAGAGGUCACAUCAAAGUUCUUCUGGCAAUGAAAACCACAAUUUAAAGAAGAUUAAAAUGACAAGUGCUGAAGAGGACAUUGUAACAGAUUCUCUCUGCUACCUAAGCACUAUGGAAUUGCAGGAUGUGUCUACCACUUUGAAUAUAAGUGAUAUUGUUGAUACAGCUGUCUCAUCGUGUAGCACGACACAACAUCAGCUCCCUGAUAUUAGAAAUAACUAUUUUGACGUUCAGAAAGACACUUCAAUUGCAGAUUGUGACUUAAGUUUUGAUGACCCCAACGAUCUUGAUUAUAUUCCAUCAAUUAACAGCAGCUUGAUUGUUCAAUCUUCACCUUUACGUGACCAGCAGCAGAUAUUAAAUGUGGAAAUAAAUCACCAGCUACUAGAAGUGGAAAUAAACCAGCAGCCACCAGAAGUGGAAGUAAUCCCAGCAGCCACCAGAAGUGGAAGUAAUCCAGCAGCCACCAGAAGUGGAAGUAAUCCAGCAGCCACCAGAAGUGGAAGUAAACCAACAAGGUCCGAACCUCCUGAAGAACAGCCCGUUGUAAGAAACAGAGUGAGAAGUAAAAUUCCUGAUAAGACUAAAUGGAAAAGAAAUGCUGAAAAGGAAAAAAGAAUGAAAGGGCAAGCAUAUUAG